AUGCCUUUCAUCCAGAACGCUCCAGCUGCUGGCGUUCCGUACUUCACCCCCGCCCAGUAUCCCCCUUCGGGAACCGCUGCGGCCGACAGAGAUGUCCCCACUCUCUUCAAGCCCAUCAAGAUCCGUGGUGUAGAGUUCCAGAACCGCAUCUGGCUCUCUCCUCUGUGCCAGUACUCAGCUCAGAACGGAUGUCUUACCGACUGGCAUAUGGCGCACCUGGGUAGCAUUCUCUCCCGCGGCCCAGGUUUGACCAUGGUUGAGGCCACCGCCGUCUCCCCCGAGGGCCGCAUCACCCCCGAGGACUCCGGCCUCUGGAACGACGAGCAGAUCGAGCCCCUCCGCCGCAUCGUCCAGUUCGCCCACUCCCAGGGCCAGAAGAUGGCCAUCCAGCUCGCCCACGCCGGCCGCAAAGCAUCCACCGUCGCGCCCUGGCUCAGCAUGGCCACCGUCGCCGUCGAGGCCGCCAACGGCUGGCCGGACGACGUCGUCGCCCCGAGCGCGGUCCCGUACAGCGCCGACCUCGUCCAUCCCAAGGCGCUCGACAAGCAAGGCAUCCAGCGCAUCGUCGCCGCGUUCGUCGCCGCCGCGAAGCGCGCCCUCGCCGCCGGCUUCGACGUGAUCGAGAUCCACAACGCGCACGGGUACCUCCUCCACGAGUUCAUCAGCCCGCACAGCAACAAGCGCACGGACGAGUACGGCGGCAGCUUCGAGAACCGCGUCCGCCUCACGCUCGAGAUCGUGGACGCCGUCCGCGGCGUCAUGCCCCCGAGCAUGCCUCUGUUCCUCCGUGUGUCGGCUACGGACUGGCUCGAGGAGUCCCUGGCCAACGAGGAGUCGUGGUGCUCGGAGGACACUGUCAGGCUCGCGGGCAUUCUCGCUGAGCAUGGCGUCGACUUGCUUGAUGUUUCCACUGGCGGCAUGUCGCCUCUGCAGAAGAUCAAGGGUGGACCGGCGUACCAGGCUGGGUUUGCCGAGGCAGUCAAGAAGGCGCACGGAGACAAGAUCCUUGUGAGCGCUGUCGGUGCGCUCGGCGAUGGUCGUGUUGCGCAGGGUGUCCUCGACAAGGGACAGGCAGACGUCAUCUUCGUCGGUAGACAAUUCCAGAAGAACCCGGGGCUCGUAUGGACGAUGGCGGAGGAGCUGGGAGUCCCUCUGACGGUUGCGCAUCAGAUUGAGUGGGGCUUUGCCGGAAGAGGGAGCGUGGGCCGCAAAGCAGCUUUGUGA